UAUGGCUGCCAGGGGGAUCUGGGGGAAUCUACGGCUGUCCAAUCCAGCAAUGUAUUGCAAGAGGGAAAUUCAAUAUGGCGCCGGUGACACAUUUGAGACACUGUCAAAUCGGCUUGGGAUACGCCUAUAAAUUUGCAGUGAUACAUUUUAAUCAAGAGGAUGCACAAAAUUAUCAUGUACUCGAUGUGAAACAAUCCUCGUAACUGGGACCAAAGCUGGACCGUCUGGACUAUUUACUUAAUAAGAAAAAUUAUUAGUGUGAGAGUAAUGGAGGCUAUUGUGGAGUACAACUACGUGGCGCAAGAGCCUGAUGAGUUAACCCUACGUAAAGGAGAUGUUAUCAAAGAUAUUAAAAUAAUGCCAGGAGGAUGGUGGGAAGGUACUCUCAGGGAUAAAUGCGGCAUGUUUCCUGAUAAUUUUGUAAAGGUUUUGACACCUCCAGGUGGCAAUGACACUUCAUCAAAGAGUGACAUUGAAGAGGUGACUCUGAGAAAUGGCUCCCCUGGACGAAAAUGCUGCAAAGUAUUAUUCAGUUAUGAGCCAUGCAAUGAAGAUGAACUUGCAUUGGUGCCCCAGGAUGUUGUUGAAUUUCUUGGGGAAGUGGAAGAAGGUUGGUGGAGGGGCAGACUAAGGGGACGCACUGGGGUGUUUCCAUCGAAUUUCGUUACACCUCCUACGCCCGACGACAGUGAUAGAGAAACUAAAGAAUUAUGCAGAGUACUUUUUCCUUAUAAGGCUAGUAAUGAUGACGAAUUGACUUUGGAUGAGGGGGAUGUAGUAAUACUGCUGUCACGUGAUGCACCUGAUAAAGGUUGGUGGAAGGGCGAAUUAAAUGGCAGAAUCGGUCUCUUCCCAGACAAUUUUGUCACAGUGAUAGGCCCCAAGCCUGAUAAUCCACAGAACCAAGACACCUGGCAGAAACCAGGUCAGUCCAUAACAAAAUUAGGCAGCUUGAAGAGUUCCUACGUUGGAAAAAAAGGAGAAAAGGCUAAUGUACGAAAAAGCUUGGAGUCUAGAGUGGUAAAUGAAAGUUCCAAAAAGGUGUCUUCUUCGGCUACUUCUACCCUAACGUCUGCAUCGUCAACCUCGACACUGUCCGCACAGAUGAACAACCCAAUAACAACUGGUGAUCAAAAGUAUGGCAUGGCAUUAUCGGAUCUGACGAGAAUGGUGGAGAUACCUGGUGAUAAUAGUGUGGAAAGUGUUGAAGGAUGUGAGAGUGGGUUGGGGGAAGAGUUGGAUGGAGUUGAGCGGGGUGAGGGUGCACCAUUGUCUCAUCUAACUGCAUCCCGUGCAAAAGCACCACGGAGACGCUUACCGUCCAGUCAACAUUUCAGAAGUCAGGGGGGAAGUCUCACUGCAGGCAUUACUUCUUCAGGAUUGACCCCUUUGGAGGAUAAUGUGACGAAUGGGACACUAGACACAGUAGAUCAAGUUCGAGAGGAAGACAGUGAUGGAAUUGGUCGUAAAUCUAGAAGGAUCGCCCCCUGGAUGGAGGAAUUGAAGCAGAAUCAAAUGGAGAAACGCAAAGUCUUCCCUCCCGAAAAACCUGAAAAGCUCGAGAGAAAGAAAGAGCAGAGGGCAUCAAGACUACCAAUACCAUCCAGUAUCACCGACACAGAGAUACAACUGGAGCAGGAGAACGUAGUGGCACCUCAACGAGAGAAAGAUAAGGACAAGGAGAAAGAAUCGAGUCAAAAACCUGAGCCAAGUUAUCCCGUUGCAGGCCCUCCAGCCUACGUUCCCUAUCGACUUUACAGUCAACUACUAGAUAGAGUAACUGCGUUAGAGGAAAAGCAUACUGUAUUACAACGAACAGUUGCACAUCUCUCCGAACAAUUGAGUACAACCAAUAACCAUUAAUUUGCUGUAAAAUUCCGUGAGUAUUUCUCCAACAUUCUCAACUGCAGAAUGUUUUCUCUGCAGAAAAACACCUCCGAAUUUUUCAGGUAAAAAUUUAUAAUUAUUUGUUGUUGAACAUCUAAGUAGUAUUUGGUUACUGUCUAUGUGUUACACAAUUCACACCAGUAUUUUCAUUUGAUUCCUAUACAAGUUUGAUUCGAACUAUAUUUUUAAACCCAGCAUUCCACAAAUUAUUAAUUGCUGAAAGAUUUGAUGUAAAUUGCCACUGCCAAUCACCGAAAUUAUUUCUGUUUAACUGAUUUCGUUUGAUUACCAGCAAUUGAACAUUCUUUAUAAUUGCAUUUAACAUAUUUAGCAGUGAUAAGACUUUAAAGUACUUGAAGAAGAAUGGAACACUAUAUUUUUUGUUUAAUAGUUUAUAGUAGAAGCCGAAUCCAAGAGAGUGAGGUAGUUGUUUAUUGAAACAUGAAGUUGUGCCAAUGUAUUUCCUUUGGUUUCUGACAAUAUUGAGCAACGUAAAAUAUCUUUAAUAUGUUUAUCAGGGGAUUCCAAGACUAUACAGAGUGAGCAGUAGAAAAUUAAUGAAAAAAAAAGUCUAUGUAUUAUAUAUAAAAAUGAAAGAACCAUACGAUGACUUUCUGAUGUAUUUCUGCUUUUUGUGGUUGAAAUGGUGCUAAAGUACACUAGAAUUUAUUCACUCAAAGCGCUGUAAAUUUCAUUGACAAUAGGUUACACGCACGACAUUUCUACUUUUACAUUUCUUAAAAACGAAAAAAAUAAGGAACAAAUGAUGUAAUUGUGACCUGAAGAAUUCAGUAUUGAAUUUGAUUUUUUAAUUAUAAUUACGUCCUCACAACCACCACUCUUUUAAUGGACAAAGCAAACAUAAUUUUCACCUGAGUAGAAGCAGAUUAUUCAGCGCUGUCAUCGAUCUCGUAAUUUUUGUACUUUUCUAAUUCUACCCAAAACAAGCAUUCAAGUUUAAUCGCAUAAAUUAUGAAAUUGAGUGUAACAUUCACACGAUAUUUGAUGAUAUGCAUUAUACCGCGCGGUACGCAUUGAUCCACAUUUUAAUGGAAAUAACAUAAAGAGAGGCAGCAAAAGGCAGCACUUGAUAAUAUUUUUAUCCGUUUGCUUAUUUGUAAUAAAAAAUAACUGAAAAUAUUGAAAAUGUAAUUAAAAUGAAAUAAUUUUGACCGAAGCUACUGUCAAAUUUAAUCAUCAUGUACUUAAUGAGAAAAUUACCAUAAUUUAAAAUUAUAUCAAUCAUGAAAUAAACAGUAAUAUCAUGUUAAAAUUAUGUAAAUAUUACGACCAAACGUCUCGCAUAAAUAUAAAUAUAGCCAUUUAAUUUAUUCUGAACAUUGAAUAAGAAACUUCAUCGAGAGAGACAAAGCCCGACCUUUCCAAGGAACGAAAAAGAUAAAAAUAAAAGAUAAAAAUUGUGUAAAUAUUUCCUCGAAAUAAAAUUUUCUUUACCUCAA